GCCUGACCGGCCUGGCUUCCCUAACCUGACAGCCGCCAUUUCGGAGCUAACUUCCUGGCCCUCCUUUAGCGACCUCGCGCCUUCAGGCCCAGGAACACCUGUGCCCCCGGCGCCGUCUGGCACUACUGGCUUCAUGGAGCCGAGCUUCCCAGUGACGUCGUACGCGGAGACUUCCGGUUCCUGCUCUUGAGGUUGGACUCUCACGUGCGGGCGUUUCCAGCAGUGGCUCCUGCAGCCUUUUAAUGGAAGGGCUGGUGCCCUGGGAGGAAAAUGCAGAAUCAGCAGCCUCCAUCCCUAUCCAGAGAUUAAACUCCAUGAAACCAUUGCAUUUGUGCCUUGUUAACAGAUGGGGAAAGCAAAAGAGAAUGAAAACGCACUCAGCUAGCUGGUGCUGCCUGAGCAUCUAGAAAAUUCUUCACACAGUCAUCAUGGGUAUUCGAGGACUAAUGAGUUUUGUGGAAAAUCACAGUAAUGAGUUCUUCACUGAUUUGAAGUUGCGAGACACAAAAAUUGUCAUUGAUGGCUAUGCUCUCUUCCAUCGUCUUUGCUUCAACUCAAACUUGGAACUUCGGUAUGGAGGGGACUAUGAUUCUUUUGCAGAUGUUGCACAAAAAUUCUUUGAAUCGCUGUUUGCUUGUAAUAUCUGUCCAUAUGUUGUAUUAGAUGGAGGAUGUGACAUUUCUGAUAAAAAGCUUAAAACGUUAAAGGAUCGCGCUAGAGAGAAGAUCCAGAUGGCUCAUUCCCUUUCUGUUGGUGGGGGUGGAUAUGUGUGUCCCUUACUCAUCCGGGAAGUGUUCAUACAGGUUUUGAUCAAGCUACAGGUGUGUUUUGUCCAGUGCUUUUCAGAAGCUGAUCGGGACAUCAUGACACUGGCUAAUCAUUGGAAUUGCCCUGUGUUAUCAUCUGAUAGUGACUUUUGCAUCUUUGACCUAAAAACUGGGUUUUGCCCAUUGAAUAGCUUUCAGUGGAGAAAUGUGAACACUAUCAAAGGCACACAAGACUGCUAUAUCCCUGCCAAAUGCUUUUCCCUUGAUGCACUCUGCCAUCACUUCAGUAAUAUGAAUAAAACUCUACUACCUCUCUUUGCGGUGCUAUGUGGAAAUGAUCACAUUAAUCUGCCCAUCAUCGAGACAUUCUUAAGUAAAGUACGUCUUCCUCUUGGAGCUACCGGUUCUAAGGGGAGGAGACACCACCGAGUAUUAGGACUUCUGAAUUGGUUAUCUCAUUUUGCCAACCCUGCUGAAGCACUUGAUAAUGUUCUGAAAUAUCUUCCAAAAAAGGAUCGCGAAAAUGUUAAGGAAAUUCUCUGCUGUUCCAUGGAAGAAUACCAGCAAUCUCAGGUGAAGCUGCAGGACUUUUUCCAGUAUGGUACUUAUACCUGUCCAGCCACCUUGAAUCUGGAUUUACCAGAAUGGGUAUUAGUGGCUUUGGCCAAAGGCCAGCUAUCUCCUUUCAUCAGUGAUGCUUUGGUGCUAAGAAGGACCAUUCUCCACACACAGGUGGAAAAUAUGCAGCAACCAAAUGCCCACAGAGUAUCUCUGCCCAUCCGGCAGAUCAUCUAUGGGCUUCUUUUGAAUGCCUCUCCCCGUCUGGAAAAUAUGUCCUGGAAUGCAUUGCCUUCUCAGCCUCUAGCUUUCAGCGAAGUGGAAAGGAUUAAUAAAAAUAUCAAAACAUCGAUUGUUAAUGCAGUAGAACUGCCCAAGGAUCAUUCUGACUUAAGCAAGUUGACUGAGCUCUCCUUGGCCAGACGGCAGAUACUUCUAUUAGAAACCCUGAAGGUGAAACAGGCCAUCCUGGAACGAAUCCCUUCUUCAUUGAAGCUGCCCAUUUCUGUCAGUUGCUACUGGUUGCAGCACACAGAGUCCAAGGCAAAGCUACAUCACCUCCAGGCCUUACUGCUAGGGAUGCUGAUGGGGCCCUUGCAUGCCAUAAUAACCAGCCCUGGAAUUGUGGACCCCGCACCCAGGCAGGCUCAGUGCCUUGCUGCUCGCUAAUUGGUAAAAGAUAAGGAAGAUCUGCAGGAGGAUGGUGCUAGGAUGUUGUAUGAAGAGUUCCAGAGAGUGAAGGAGCAGACGCGGCCGGGCACGAGACUGGACUUAGACACAGCUCACAUCUUCUGUCAGUGGCAGUGCUGUCUG